CUUGACCAAAAGGCUGGAGUUAGGGGGUAGGAGGUUUUUUUUCCCUCCCUCCUUCUCCUCCCAAACUUUUCUUACCUCUCUUGAAGUUAUGACAAGCCUCAGUGUGACUGGACGGAGGGCAGCCACAAGGGCUGUGUGAAGCAGGGAGGACGAACCGACCUGAGCUCCAGCUGCAUGAAUUUAUCACCAGGUGUUGAUUCAAAGCUGUGUGCGUGCUGAAAGGUCCUCGUCCUGAAAAAUGACUCAGUCUGUGCAAGUUAACCCAAAGCUGCCUGAUCUAGGCUCGCCUUUCCAUUACCCCAGUCAAGAGGAGGCAGAUCAGCAAGCUUCUUACUCUGUCCAGACUCCGUAUGGAUUUCAGCUGGAUCUAGACUUUCUUAAAUAUGUAGAAGAGAUAGAAAGUGGGCACAACCUCCGUCGCGCACCCAUCAGUUCUCGGCGCUCUGGCCGGGGGCUAAAACUCUCCCAGAGGAAUCCGGGUGUGGGGGGGCGUACCAGUGGCUGGACGUCCACUGAGUCGCUCUCAUCCCCGGUCAGCGAAGAUGGCAGAGCUCCACCGCCACCGCCGCCUCGUAACCGGCUUGGGUCAGCUCCCUGUGAGACGGUCUCCCUUUCCCCUGUAACUUUUCUCAACGUUCCUCCGCUAUCUGCUGGGGCAAAAGUGCCACCGCCUCCACCACAACGUAACCCCAGAGUUGAGCGGACUCUCCUGGAAACCAGCCGGAGGCUACAGCAGGAACAAACCCACCAGAACCAAAAUGGCGCGCGCUUCCAGCUUGCAGAUCCUCCCAAACCGCUCUUACCCUCUCCAGCCAUGCAGCCUCUGCAAAGUAGCUGGACCAAACCCAGUCCUCAGACCUCUGGGCGCAGCACUCCAGCUGCUGGCACCACUGUGACCCCAAUCCCACCCAGCCAACUGCAAACAGUUAGAGAGCAAAUGGCAACAGCCUUGAAGCAGCUGAAGGAGAUGGAAGAAAGGGUAAAAGGUGUUCCUGCACUUGAGAAAGAAGUGGCCAAGCUUCGUGCAGAGAAAGAUAUGCUCUUGUUAGCCUUGCAGGAGAAGAAGGCAGCCAUGGACUUGGCCCAACAGAAGCAACAGUUUACAGAGACUUCCACCCAAACCGUAGAGAUCCUCCAAACUGAACACAGUCGAUUGACUUCACCGACCUCGACUGGACACAAAGGCUUUGUAAAAUCUGGUGAGCUGAAAAGGCUGACAGAAAAGUUUGAAGGGAAAGAGGAGAAACCCCUCAAACUGUCAAGUAAGACUUUAGUAAAUGCCCCUGAAAAAACAGUCAUUCAGAAGAAGUCAGUGGCUGUAGGGGACGACAUGCCGAUGGCCUCAGUUGUUUUAUACUACAGAGAUGGUGUAAAAGAUGCAUGUGAGGGCACCAGGGUGAAUGUUUGCGAGAAGUGCACAGAAACAGAACCUCCCCUGGUUCAGGAGGAGGGAAUACAAACCAGAGUGGAGACAGAAGAGGCUGAAGUUUGGGUCAUGGAGUCACUACUUGGCCUGACCACAGAAGCACAGCGGGAGAUAGACACCUUACAGGACACCAUUAAAUUCCAACAGGAGUCCAUUGUGGCUCUAGAGGAUCGGUUGAGUGUUGCAGACACAGACCUUGGCGUUCUUAGAGCGAAGAUGGAGGGAAACAUCUCCAAAAUCACAUUUGAGAAGGGGGUUCUUGCCAAACCUGACAUGACAAAUGCCCAAGUAGAAACGCUAACUUCUGCAUUAAAGCACGCUGCAGUUUCUUGUCAUCCGGAGGUGGCCGAUGCAUGUGUAGGAGAAGAUGCAGUGUCAGAUCAAAGUGAGCAAAGCACCCAGACCGAUGCAUUAGAGACACUAGAAGAACGAGCUCCGGCUGCUCCGGUUUUACUCAUUAGCACCGGAUGUCAAUGGGAGAACUUAAGCGAGGAAAAGACUGAAGAGCAAAAAGUUACUGUACCAAAGAGGAGACAGCUGACUAUUGCUGAAUACAAGGUCUCACCAGAAGAAGAAGAAGUAGUUGGAAAGGUUAAGAAUGAAGGAGGAGAUGAAAAAGAGAAGACUGCAGCCAGCAGCACCAAGACAGGUUUGCUGAAAUCAAUCAUGAAGAGGAAAGACGGGAAUAACGCAGGGGAGAAUCGCAGCAGCGGCAAGAAGAGCCUGCAGUUUGUUGGUAUUCUAAAUGGAGGGUAUGAAUCAACAUCCAGUGAAGAAGAGGAGGAAGAAGAGGAGGAAGAUGGGAGUUCUUCUGGAGAAAGUGUCGAGGGCGAGUGCUUGGACAGCACUGAAGAAGAUGAGGCAGCUUUGGAGGAAGAAACGUCAGAGGAGGAGAGAAACGUUAACCUGGAUGAGAGUGACACUGAUGAGGAAACGCUGAGAGCUGCAAAUUAUUCAUCUGAUGGUGUGAAAGAAAAAUUUGAGUUGAGCUCAAAAAUGCGAGAAGCCUGUCUCAUUCUGAAGAACCACCUAAACGAUGACCUCAAAACACUGAAGAGUAAGGAAGUGCUCUCCAGCACCCACACUGUCCAACUAGAGUGGUUUCGUAUCUCCAGCGCGAAGAUGGCUCAGCCGCCGCGGGUCUCCGACUACCUGAUGGCGUUCUCCGAGGUGUCAUCAAUGCUGCUGGAGCACGUAGUCAACAUGACAGAUGGCAAUGGGAAUACAGCUCUUCACUACAGCGUCUCCCACUCUAACUUUGGUGUGGUGGAGCUGCUGCUGGACACAGGUGUGUGCUCUGUGGAUAAGCAGAACAAGGCGGGCUACACAGCCAUCAUGCUGGCUGCUCUGUCAACUGUGAAGAAGGAGGAGGACAUGGUUGUGGUCAAGAAGCUCUUCAGUCAGGGUAAUGUCAACGCCAAGGCCAGCCAGGCAGGCCAGACAGCAUUAAUGUUAGCAGUCAGCCACGGGCGUCAGGAGAUGGUGCGGGCGCUGCUCGAGUGUGGUGCUGAUGUAAACGUGCAGGACGAUGAGGGAUCAACGGCUCUGAUGUGUGCCAGUGAGCACGGCCGAACUGAGAUCGUCAAACUGCUCCUGGAACAGCCCGGGUGCGACAUAUCCAUUGUGGAUAACGAUGGAAGCAAUGCUCUGUCCAUCGCACUGGAGGCAUCCCACAACGACACAGCUGUGCUACUCUAUGCUCAUAUGAACUAUGCCAAGACCCAGACUGCUGCGGGGAGUCCAAAGGCCCAGCCACGGAGUCCCACGAGCCCACACAAGUGCUGGCCAGCAGACUGACACGAUCAAAGCCGCUAACUGGGGCGGACACACCAGCAAACAUAACUGGAUAUGAGCUGUGAAAAGCUCCACUGGAAUUUACUUAAACGCAUAUUUAUAGUUUGCUAUAUGUCCUCCAUUUACACUGAUCAGCCACAACCGAAACACCGACGGGUGAAGUGAAAAAUAAUUGGAUUCUUUUGUUAAUAUACUUGUUCAGCUGGUCAGCUUUGAUUUGGCUUAUGUCACUUGAUAGAUAAAAUUUAGACUCCCACACCAAAAAAACCCCCAAACUGCUGAGGAACAGCUCAAGAACGUGUGGAGUCGGCCUCCACAAACCCACAGAACCAAAAAACCUGUUGCCAGAAAUCCCUUUUCACGCUCCGACGGGUCAGAGCCGGGAUACUAAUGCUGUUGCUGAUCAGUGUACAAAAUAUUGUUAAGAAAAUAUUAUAUUUCCAUAAGAUUCUUCAAUGGCUAUUAUUUACUUUAGGUCUCUAAGAUAUGUUUAUUUUCUCUAUGACAUGCCUUGAGAUCUUACAUUUAUCAUUUGCACACCACUAAUAUUUUACUAUUAAGGGCGACACAUCAUUAGCACAUAAUGUACAUCCAAAAAAAUACAUUUAUUGUUUUUCCAUACAUGUGCGCACACAGUUGUGCAACAACAUAUGUACAGUAAACCCCAAUGUCAUCAAAUCAUCACAUGGACGUGACAUCGUCCAGCAUGACUGAAAUGAAUGAAUGUUGCUCUGUAGUCUUCCUUUCCUGGCUAACUGAUGUGUAAACCUUAACUGUCAUAGUCUGCACUAACUGUCUGUGCAUUGUAUGUUGUUAUAAAUAUUUACAUAUAUAAAUGCAGUAUAUAUAUAUAUAUAUAUUAUUGUCUAAAAUAAACAUAUUUACAUAAAA